AUGAGUUUGAUUCAAAACAGCGAUAAAUUUGUUUUAUCUCAAAAUAUUGGUAAUUAUGGUGAAAUAAACCAAACAACAAAUGUCAUCAAAACCGAAAAAAUCCGUGAAGAUCCUAAGUGUGCAAUGUGUCGCAACCAUGGUUAUGACAUUCCUACUAAAGAUCACAAAACUUGUGAUUUUAAAACUCAAACGCACUAUGAUACUUGUAAUAUAUGCAAAAUUACUAACGAAAGAAGAAUUAGUAUCUCUGAAGAAAUCAAAAUAUUAAGGCAGAAUAAGGCUGCAAUUAUGAAUGAAUAUAGUCAACUAUUGGUGCCAACUUUAACAACUAGAGGAAAAAGAGGACCUCAAAUGUGUAGAAAGUGUGGAUUUCAUAGAAUAAUUGAACUUAUGAAGGGACAUACGAAAAUUUGUCCAUUUUUAUCAUGCACGUGUGAGAAAGGAUGCGAUAAAGUUAAACUUCGAUGCAAAGCAUUCAAUAGUGAGGCUAAAAUAAUACGCAAGUUAAAGCCAAUUCUUAAAGUACAUUCGAAAGGAUCAAAUUAUUUGAUUAUGAAAGUUCCAAUCACAUCAAUUGAUCAGCAAAACAGUCUUUUGCAUUUAAAAAAUCCAUUGCCUCAAUUUAAUAGAGUUUUUGGUUCUCCUAUUCAGGCUUCAUAUGAAAAUCCAGAUCUAAUUAGUGUGUCAAGUUAUUCAGACACUGAAAGAGAUUACAGCUGUGCUUCUGAUUUAAUAGAACCUAUCAAUUUCCUCAAUCAGUACAAACCAAUUUAUACAGACGUAAAAGCUGAUCAUUUUCAAGAAAUUCCUUCAUUAUUGGAACCUGUUCAAUCUUAUUUUAAUGAUUCUUCUUAUCCAUGUCCACAAGUUUUUAAUAAUUUCUAUGAAAACCUAAAUGGUACAGAUUAUGAUGUUGAGAUCGGUUCAGUUAUGGAUAAUUUUAUGACUGAAAAUAUCGAUUCGUUUAUGGAAGAGCUCAAUUAUAACAUACAACUAGAUUCAUUGAAUAAGCAAGAAAAAAUUAAGGAAGAACGAAAGAAACCAACAUGUAGCAUGUGUCGCAAUCACAAUGUGUUUAAACCUUCAGCCGGUCAUAAGAAUUUGUGCGCUUUUGACAAUCCAGAGCAUAGAAUGACAUGCUCAAAAUGCACAUUAACGUACGAAAGGAGAGUAUCGUGGGCGAAAAAGAUCGAUAAAAGACGAAAAAUCCAUAAAAUAUUAGAAAUAACUAUUGAGGCACUUCCAGGUAGACAACGUGGACAGCAAUUGUGUAGUAAAUGUUUGACUCACGGAAUCACAGCGAUCAAUAAGAAUCACAAGAAAUUGUGUCCCUAUAAACUGUGUAAAUGCGACAAAUGCAUAGAAGUCGUUGAUUCCUGCAAAGCAUUUAAUAAAGAAGCUGGAAAAAUUCGUGAAACUACGCCAAAAAGUCUACCACAAAGUAAUAAACCAGUUGCUGAAAUCCCAAUUUCUGAAAUGCCAAUUAUGGAUGAAAAUUGCAUUGAUCCAGAAAACGAACAAGUAAAUCAAAUUUAUUUAGACUUGCUGACAUCAGAGGAAUCAAAUCAGCUUGCCUCCAUUGACAUCCAAGGACCAAGAGUUGAAAUCAUUGACGACACAAAUAUGGAAGAAUUUUACAAUGACAUUAUGGACUUAAUGGAUUUAAAUCAAAUGGAAGUGAAUUAUGAGAAUUCAUUUGAAAAACUAGAAUUCUGUGGACCUGAAGCAUCGAGUUAUUCAGAACCUAGAAUUUUGAGCGAUGAGAACCUGGAGAAUUUCGUUGGAAUGAAUUUUAUCAGCGAUAUUGAGUCAGAUCUAAAUGAAUUUUUGUUCUUUGACUUUUUUGAUGGCCGUAAAUCAGAAUUAAAAUCUUCAGAUGUGUCUUUUUCUCAAUUUUGA